CUGGUAGUAUUGAACUGUGGCAGACAGACAGUCGUUUGUUUACAUUUGUUGCAAUGGCGACCAUCACUGAACUGAAGUGUGCUGUAAGGGAAACCCUGGAGUCCCGCGGUGUGAUGGGCCAGCUGAAGGCUCGUAUCCGGGCAGAGGUAUUCAGCGCCCUGGAUGACCAACGUGAACCUCGUCCGCCGCUGUCCCACGAAAACCUGCUGAUCAACGAGCUCAUCCGGGAGUACCUGGAGUUCAACAAGUACAGAUACACUGCGUCAGUCCUGACAGCAGAGUCAGGCCAACCUGAAGUUCCCUUGGACAGACAGUUCCUUGCAAAUGAGCUGAAAGUCACAGAGGAUGCAAGCUCCAAGUCUGUACCUCUUCUCUAUGGCUUGGUGUGCCACUUUGUGAACAGCGGUGAUAGUGGUGGAAAGGUGUUUCUGCGGGGUGCCUCUCUGCCAGCUGGUACAACAGCCAGCAACACAGUACCUGGACCUGAUGCCUAAAAGUUGAUGCACUCAAGUAAUGGUUCAGGAUGGAUUGAAAAGAUGCCUUUACACACUUUUUGGGGAGAUUUAAGUGACCUAAUAAUCUUCCAUAGUUUUUACGGUGUUUUUAACUAAAUGUUCACAGGCAUUACAGCAUGGACUAUAUGAAUUCUACUGAUACAAAUGCACAAGUCAUUUCUAUUGCUUUAUUCUGUAAGUUGCCAAUGAUACCAGAUGGCCUUUUUUGUUUAGGUUUAAAUAUCUGACUUUACCAAAUGGGUUUAGUAUCAGUCGGUUGGUACUGCUUGCAUUAAUCCAUAUUGCUCGUUCUCUCAUUAAUUCAGGCAAAAUGUUAAGAUAACAUUCCUUGAUGUCUGCUCUAUUUUAAUUUACAAAUGUUUGAUACUUUUAUAUUGUCUUUUAGUUGUUGAAAAAUAAAUGUUUUAUAUUUA